AUGGCCAUUUCGUGUCCAACCCUCGGCCGUGUGCCGCCAAUUUCGUGCCGCGGGCCCGAAAUUCGCUUUGUCUCCCUGAAUGAGUGUGUCUGGGGCGGUGUCAGGCAUCACGAUGACGCCAGUCCACCCCUCGACCAGAAGCGGUUCCAUCCUGAAGCAAAUUUCCUGGAGGCCAUGGCGAGGGUAGCCGAUGCUGCACUAAUGGUUGAUGGGAAUUCUUGGAAGGCUGCUAUGGAAGCCGGGAAUUUUGUGAAGGCGCCGAAGUUGGAAGCUGAAGCAUCCCCAGCCAUCCCCUCCACCUCCACAACCCCUACCGUCAAAUCUGAAGAACCGGUAGCAGCACCAGAUACGGAGGAAUCGAAGGAUACGCCGACCACCUCCGAAAAGGAGUCCGAACCCGAGACGGUGAUACGGCGGAGUUGUGAGGAGAUUGGACUAGAUAUUCCGGGACUGGACAAUGGGGAAUCGGCAGACGGCUGUCCGAGCGACUCGCAGGAUGAGGAGAAUGACGACGAUAAAGAGGGAAGCCCAGGCGGCGGUGCCAUGCUUGCCCAACGUUCCAAAUCAGGAGCCGCCAAACCGGCCUACUCCUAUAUUGCACUAAUUGCGAUGGCGAUUCUCAAUAGCCCGGACAAGAAGCUGACGCUCGCCCAGAUCUGCGAGUUCAUCUGCGAGAAGUUCCAGUAUUACAAAGACAAAUACCCAGCGUGGCAGAACUCGAUUCGGCACAACCUGUCGCUGAACGACUGCUUCGUCAAGGUGCCUCGGGAACCCGGCAAUCCGGGAAAGGGAAAUUAUUGGACACUGGACCCCCGAUCUGAGGAUAUGUUCGAUAAUGGCAGCUUUUUGAGGAGACGGAAGAGG